UUGACACUCUUUAGUCACUUUUCGUGAGACUUGUUCGUGCCGUGAACACCUUUUUGGUUCGGUAAAGUAACGGUGUAAUCUGAAAAAUGGCAUGGUUAUGCGGUCGUGCUGUUUUCCAGACAUGUCGACGUACAUUCUCCCUGAACGCUGUUGCGUGUUCAAAGGACAAAACAUUCGCUGAUCCAUUGGAUCUUGCUACGGGUUUGGAGAAACGGGAAUUACUUGCUGCUGCUGCUGGCAAUUUUGAUCCAUACAACAUGAAAGCAAUACAAAUACAAAAGACUAGCUCAAAACAAAAUCCAAAUCUAGUACCUAGUGCAUUCAAAAGUCGUAUUGUUGGAUGUGUUUGUGAACCAGAUGCUUCUCACGUUAAUUGGAUGUGGUUACACCAAGGCAAACCUCGCCGUUGUGAAUGUGGUUAUUGGUUUAAACUUAUUGAAAAAGCACCUCUUUAAUGUCAUUUCAAGUUAAUUAGUGGAUUAUUUAAAACAUAGAAUUAAUGUUAUACAAUACCAAAGGACUGCUUUUCAUUUAUUACCCUUCCUUGUCCCAUCAUUGUGCUUUAUAAAUUAAUAAGGAACUAACAUGUUAGCAUAUAAAAUUCAGUAAUAGAAUUUCAAAUAAAUUGUAUAAGUAUUA